AUUCUUAUUCUUUUGAUCUCUUAUCUUGAGCAAAGUUAAAAGCCUAGGGAUUAUCAUAUCCCAAGGUCCUCUCAUCUCUACCUCUACUGAAAAUUAAGGAGGAAAAGGAAGCAGAAUGACAAGUGAGGAUCGUGAUGAUGAGGGGUCAGUACUUGGUCCAGGAGAGUGGUUGAGUUUAGGCCUGGGAGAAGGUGGCCACCAGAAUGCUCACAAGAGGGAAAGAGGUGCAGUAAGAAAAUUCAACUCUCGGAGGAUGAUGACAAUGCUGUCUAUGCCAUUCCAUAAUCCUAUGUUCAGAUCUUUGGGUGUUAUGCCUCAUUCAGUUCAGCAUAAACCAAGCAAGGGUGCAAGUAUAACCGUGGCAAGGUUUAGAAAGGCUAAUACAAGGUUCUCUAUGUCAGCGCUGCCGCCUGACUCAAUGUGGCCAGGAAGUUUUUGGUUCAAUCCACAACAAUCAGAAGAGCAGUCAUCAAAUCCAUAUAAGCUUGACCUAAAUCUGAAGCUGUAACUAUUACUAUUCUCUUCAUCCAUCUCAUAUUCAACUCUACUUACUUUCUACUGCAGUCCACGGAACUUCAAGCUGAAAUUCCCAGUUACGUUCACUAACUUUUAAGAGCUUUGGGUUCCCUUUAGAGCAAAAAUAUUAGAAUGUUUUAAGCUUUUGUAUCAAUCUUGUACUAGGUAAAGCCUAAAUGCAGUGUCUAUUUUAAGUUGUUUCUA